UUUUGAUCAAACAAGAGUUCCAAAACAUUUAAGAUAGAAAAUAAAAUGUUCGGUUCGAAAUUCAUUUAUCUGACAAUCUUGGCACUCGUGUGUGUGCUGGUGGCCAGCGAUGAGUCGCCCCCAAUUGUUGGCGGUCACAAGGAGCUGAGCGGCGAGGAGCUGGAGAAGGCUGUUGCCAAUCUGCACGCAACUCUGGCCAAAUUGUCGACUGGCGAUGGACCCAACUACGCAGCCACAAAAGUGCUGAAGGUGACAACUCAAGUUGUUGCCGGCACUCUGGAUACCUACACCGUGGAGCUGUCCAGUGAUAAUGUGGCCAAGCAGUGCACUGUGAAGAUCUGGUCCCAGCCAUGGCUCAAGGAGAACGGCACCAAUGUCAAAAUCGAUUGCCAGGGCGACGAUGCUAAGGUGGAUCGCACCUGGUAGACUAGCUGAUGCGAUCUGCUAAGCUCUAUUCUAAAAAGCAUAUGAAUAAAAUUGAACAGCUCUUUGAGCAUAAGAAA